AUUAUUACUUUCCUAAGUAACCUCUUGUAACUCCUUUUAGCUUUAUUGUUUCCACUUUGUAACUCUUCAUUAUUAUGACUCUUCAGUGCUUUUGGAGAGUUACUAUUUUCUCAAGUGUAUAUAUAUAUAGGCAUUGCCUAAUGAAAAAAUGAACUAAGAUUAACAUCUACAUCUUCCACUUGUAUUCUACUAUUCUUUCUUUCUCGCUAUUUUAUAACAUUGCCCUCUAUAAUUGUCAAAAAUUUACUUCAAGUUACAAUUGACUUCAUUCUAAAAAAAAACCCUCUUACCUCCCCUGUAUACUCCAACAGUCCAAUCCUUCCAAAUUGUUGCAUAUUUUCACGUACAAUGCAUAAUGUUUCGUAUAUUUUAUGCGUAAUUUUGUCUAAACAUUCAAGUUCCAUACUUGAAACUUUAAUGGAAAAACACUAGAAUUAGAAUUGCAAAUCAUGGGUAAAUUAUAUGAAGCUCUCAGACCCAUCUUCAGGAAGAACCCAGCUCCUUCAGAACCUUCAUUUUACUUGAAUUUGCUUCAACUGUGUAUUGAUGCAAAAGCAGGAAUAGAAGGCCGUUUGAUACAUAAGUAUCUUUUCCUUAAUGGGAUUGACUCAAAUGUGGCUUUGAAUAACAAAAUGAUCAUAUUCUAUGCCAAAAUUGGUGACAUGAGGGAUGCACGUAAGGUGUUUGAUAAAAUGCCUGAAAGAAAUAUUGUAUCUUGGACUGCUUUGGUAUCUGGGUACUCCCAAAAUGGGUUCUUUAAGGAUGCCCUUAUGGUUUUUGAGAGUAUGCAUUAUUCAGGUGUGAAAGGCAAUCAGUUUACGUUUGGUAGUGCAUUGAGGGCAUGUACCAAGUUGAUGUGUUUGAGAAGUGGGAAGCAAAUUCAAGGGUGUUUGAAGAAGAGUAGGUUUGCUGGGAAUUUGUUUGUACAGAGUGCAUUGGUUGACCUGCAUUCGAAGUGUGGGCGAAUUGAGGAUGCGAGUAUUGUCUUUCAGAUGAUGUCUGAGAGGGAUUUGGUCUGUUGGAAUGCAAUGAUUGGUGGAUUUGCAGUUCAAGGCUAUGUAAAUGAUGCAUUUCGAAUGUUCUGGUCUAUGAUGAAAGAAGGUAAAAUACCUGAUUGCUUUACUUUUGGGAGCUUAUUGAAUGCAUGUGCUCAAGGUAAUAAUCUUUCCAGAGUUUUCCAAAUACAUGGGCUUAUUGUACAACAUGGCUUCGGAUUACAUGAACUGCUGAGUAGACUGCUAAUAGAGGCGUAUGCAAAUUGUGGAAGCACAAAGUAUGCCUACUCUGUAUUUAGGAGUAUGAUGGUAAAGGAUCUAGUGUCUUACACUGCUAUGAUUGCUGGCUUUGCACAUGACAGUGAUCAUCAUAUUGAUGCUUUGAAUCUCUUCGGUGAAGUAUACCACAGUGGCAUGAUGCUAGAUGGUUUUCUCCUCUGUACCAUGUUUAGUGUGUGUUCUAAUUCUUCUUUGUUGAACUUUGGUAGACAAAUUCAUGCUCUUGCACUUAAAUAUGUUCCUACUCAAGACGUGGUUAUGGGCAAUGCCCUUAUCGAUAUGUAUGCCAAAUGUGGUGAGCUUAAGGAAGCCAUUCGUGCUUUUGAUCAAAUGGAAGAAAAGAAUGUCAUUUCAUGGUCAUCUUUGAUUGACGGAUAUGCCAAGCAUGGCUAUGGACACGAGGCAAUGUCAUUGUAUAGGAAGAUGGAAUAUGAGGGUCUCAAGCCGAAUGAUGUUACAUUCUUGUCUCUUCUAGUUGCUUGUAGUCAUGCAGGGUUAAUUAGGGAAGGUUGGGAAUGCUUUAAUAAUAUGGUCGUCAAUCAUAACAUUGCUCCAACUGAAAAACACUGUUCAUGCAUGAUAGAUGUGCUUGCACGAGGUGGUCAAUUAGAGGAAGCUUUUUUUAUAAUGCAAAAGAUGAAUAUUCAGCCAAAUGAAUUGCAUUGGGGAGCUAUACUUGGUGCUUCUAAUGUCCAUGGAGAUAUUUCUUUUGGCAAGUUAGCUGCAAAACACCUUUCCAAUUUGGAUACCAAAAAUUCUUCUACUUAUGUUGCUUUGGCUAAUAUAUAUGCUGCAUCCGGGUUGUGGAAUGAUUCUUGGGGUACACAUAAAUUAAUGGAGGAAAAUAAACUGAAGAAGAAUCCUGGUUACAGCCUUGACUUUUCCCAAAAGAAGGAUCUGUAGUGGUUAACUGGUGAAAACAAACAGAACUUGCAUAUGUCAACGAUGAGUUAUGAUCAAGAACCGGGCAACACUUAUAUGAAUCUUUGGUUCAAAUGUAAGAUCAUGCUUUUGCACAGAUAGCAUUUGCAUUUGCCAGAUCGAGGACAUCAUACGAGGAGUGAUGAAUUGAGGAGCUAAAUAUGGCUGACGUGGGAGGACAAUAUUAAUCUCACCUUCGAUAUAUACCAAAGGUUCAUACUGUACCUUGGAUGGCAGUCAAGAGUCUGCCUUUAACAAAGAAGCCUACCCACACUGAGUGACAAAGCUUGAAAAAGGCUCCUAUCGUUGACAGAACCAUCCAGGUUAAGCUUCCUACAACCAGGGCUUGGAGGUUGAGUUGUGUAGCUGAUAAUAUGAAGAGUCUGUGCCAUGUGUGUUCAUCUUUGUCAUAUGCUAAGUGGAAGCUGCUGUGCAUGCUUUGGACUUUGGCUGGCUGUAUGGUGCUUGUUGAUCAACACCGCUGGAAUUAAUAGCAGAUCAGUGGCAUAAUUGCUCAGUCAAUUCAAUUACAUUGUUACUAUUUAUUCCGCUGUUGCUUUGUCAGACACGAAGGUUAUAUGAUACGAAGUAUAAUUCUAGCUAUUAUGUUUCUGGAGCCCUAUGUAAUAUUUAUGUUUCAUUUUUAUGGAUCAAUUCAAGAAUGUUGCAGUGCUUGAGGAUUAAGCCAUGUUAAGAUGUAAAUGUUAUGGUAAGUGAUUUGGAGUAUGGAUGGGUAAAUAAUAUGCUCUAAUUCUUUUGUAUGAUUCUUGUAGAACAUUUAUUCUUUAUAAAUGUGGUAUAGUUAAUCUACGUUAAAAGUGAAGUUAUAGAUGCUAAUUUGGACAAAAGUGAAUUUAGGGCUCUCUACUUCUUAUGUACAAACAAUAAUCACUUUUUAUUGUCAUUUUAUCUUGUUAAGCUAUUAGUCUAUUAUUGUAAAUAGAAAGAAAGAAUUGAUCAAAUUACAUUUUGAAAAUAUCCCCUAAAUCUAAGAAUGUCAUACAACUAGUUUUGAUUAAUUUGAGGUUUUUUUAUUUUUUUUAAUUAUAUUUAAAUUAUGUAAGUUCAUAUAUUUUUUUUUUGACACACAUGUAAUUUCAUUAAAUUAUUGUUAACUUGUAUUGAAUUAAAAUCUCAUUCCCUAUUUUCAUUUGUAUCUAUGACCCUAUGAUUUUUUUGUUUUGGUGUUCUACACCGUUUCACCCUUUUGGCUAAUCCGAAUUCGGGGAUCAGUUCUGGAUGGUUAGGUGGUCGGGUCUAAAUCUACCGCAAGUGUACGGGUCAAUUACAGUAAAUAUAGGGUGAGCAAGGUAUCGUAUCCACAAGGAGGUCUACUCAAGUACCAAAUUAAGAAACUAGAAUAUUAUUUAGACGACGAAAAUAUGAGAAAAGUAGUACUAAACUAUAAACGAUUAAGGCUUGCAAACUAAUAAAACGAUAGACAAUAAUAAGAAGUAGUUCUAGGUUUCAGGUUUCGCCAAUUACUCUCUAUAAUGAAAUUAAACUAACGGCAAGGUUGAACAUAUAUAAUAUAACAAUGAUCGAAUUACCAAUAGUAUGUAAUCUCCUCUUCCAAGGUAGAAAACACAUAUUUAAAUCAUGUCUACUUUCGUAAUAACAACAAUUGAAAUAAACUCAUUAAGAAUAGGAAUUCAAAAAGACCACCCCAAGUGUAUAACUAUUCCUAAAAUUAUACACUUGACGUUUGAUAAUCUCACGAACUAGUAUUGAAAUUUCACUUCCGCCAAUAAUCCAAUACCUUAAACAUACAAUCAAUUGGCCAGAUUAAGAGUACGAAUUAAAACAAGAUUAUCAAAUUGCAAUUAUAUAAAUCAAACCCAAACAAAGUAAUUCAAUUCAUUGAUAGAUAAUAAAGGACUACAUCCCUAACCUAGAACAAACGAAAUUAGCUAGACAUGGAAAUCAAGAGAACACAACUAAUUAAUGAAGAGUCAAUACUAAACAUAUAAAAUCAAGCA